AACAAAAUGCGAGAAGAAGAUGAAAAGAGUAGGAGGGGAGGGGAGGGGGAGGGUUCGAAGAAUAGAACUAAACUCUCCAAGUUUUACGGUCUGAGUUCAGAUAAUAGUUCGGUUGAGUCGGAAGGAAAGAUGAAUAUGAAUGUGAGACGACCUUCUCAGCACAUGCGUAAACUGCAUACUCCAAUACAAACCAACCCUUUAGAUAUAAAUGGACCGGGUUUUGAUCCUGAUCUGUUCGUUAAUAAACUGGUGAAGGAGGCCAGUUUAUCCCAGCUCAUGAACCAGGAGAAGGAGAUUGUUUCACAGAUCAAGGGAUUAGACUCUGAUAUGCAGACCUUGGUUUACGAGAAUUACAAUAAGUUUAUCGCUGCUACGGAGACAAUCAGGAAAAUGCGAGUUGAUUUUAAAAGCAUGGAGGAGGAAAUGGAUCAGUUGGCAGGAAGUAUGAGUAGUAUUACCAAUUUUUCCUCCCAAAUCUCUGAUAAACUAAGAACUAGAAGACAAGAUGUAGCUCAGCUCUCCGCUACUCACACAACCCUCCAGAAGCUCCAGUUCGUCCUGGAGCUACCGGACAAACUCAAGGAGUGCUUGAAGGAGGAGCAGUACAGGAAAGCUGUACAGUACUGGGUCAAAGCUAGUGCAGCUCUUGAGCAUUACAGGGAUAUGCCUAGUUUCUCUGGUAUACAGGAAGAUUGUGAGGAGAUUGUAGCUCUGAUGAAUCAUGAUUUACAGCUUAGGCUCAAGAACCCUGAAUGUACAGGAGAACAGCUUUCCGAAGCAGUCCAGCUGUUACAGCAGUUGGGCAGUCCUGCUGACAGCUUGGUUGACAGCUACCUGGCUCACGAAGCUGUUAAAUUGACAAGUUCCUUAGCUGAGCUAGAAAACCAGAUCACCAUGAUAACCAACCCGGAACUCUCAAAGGUAUCUGAGAGUGUUGUUGUGAUGGAUUGUUUAGAAUUUGUUGAUCAUGCUUCCAAUAUAUUCCUAGCAGAACUAUCUUCAACCAUAUCAGCAUUCAACGCAGUAUUUACAGAUUAUCCAGAAGGUUCCAACCAGCAACUGAUGUCCUGGAUCCAAGAAUACCUGGAUCAAUACAUGGAUCUGGUUCAGAGGAGAUUAUCAUUGGAGAAGGAGGAAGGAGAAACUGUAAUUCUUGUCCGAGCUAUUGAUAGAUUCUAUAAGAAGCUUCUAGCUGCUGGCAGAACUAUUCCAGGUUUGAAUCUAGGAACUGCUGCUCUAGAUGUUGUUUUAAAUAUAACAUCUUCUUUUGUGAACUCGAUAGCAAGGGGCCUUGAAAAUUCCUUACAAGAAAACCUACUUGCUGUGAGACAAGUGAUCGCUGCCCCCCGACGAAAUGGGGGCGAGAGCCCCACACCCCCACUCUCAGAGCUUGCAAAUAGUUUACUCUCAGGGAUAGUGGAUUCUAUAAAAUCAGCUCUCAAGGGACUAAAAAGGUUCCUAGACCCCGAGUUAGCGUACAGUGUUAAACCCGGGUUUAGAUCUAGGUUUAGUAAGGAGCUAGUUCUACAUUCUGUUCUCUUUAAUCAGUUCUGGUUUACAAGGGAUGCAUGCAACAAGUUUACUGGAGAUGUAUCAGUACCUCCUGGUCUUCUACUACUUCUCUCCAGAACCUGUCUUGAUCUUCAUUUAUCUACAGUAUCAUACCUUUCAUCCUAUACACAGGAUGAGUUUCUGAUUGCUGAUUUACCGAAUAUAUCUCCUGUCAGUUUAGCUCUGGCUACAACAGCUCAGAACCUACUUGACAGGUAUGUUCAAGUAGAAUCCGGAGAUCUAUCUUUACUCUUGAGGAAGAGCGUGGAGGCCAGAGAUUGGUUGAGUACUGUAGAACCUCGUAGUGUUAGAGCUGUUAUGAAGAGGAUAGUGGAGGACGUAACUCUAAUAGACACCCAAGUAGGCCAGCUAUAUGAGGACGGUCAGAAGAAAGCAAGAUCAUCAGAUAGUUCAAGGAGAACUGGAGCUAGAUCUAGAUCUGUUUUCUCCAGCUAUGGAACUGGAAGGAAUAUGGAGUCGAGUCUAGCGACCAAUAUUCAGAAACUCUUCUCUGAAAGAAUAGAUUUCUUCACAGCAGUCCGUCCUGCCAAAAUAUCUGUUCUGACCUGUAUAAUAAAACUAGGACUUAAAACUCUGCUGGAGUGCGUCAGAUUGAAAACGUUUGCUCGGUUUGGUUUACAGCAGAUCCAGGUGGAUUGUCAUUAUCUCCAGCUAUACUUGUGGAGAUUUGUCGAAGACGAGGCGGUUGUUUAUCAUCUUCUGGAUGAGAUAAUGUCCUCAGCUCUACUACGCAGUCUCGAACAACCUCCUAUACUAAUGGAACCAUCCAUUGUAGAGGUCAUCUGUGAUAAAGUUUAGUCAGACGAGGAUUUGGGAAAUGUCUUCUUUGUUUUCUGUUUUUAAGCAUACCCUUUUUUAUUAUAUCAACAUGUUCUGGGAAUAAUUCAAGCUAAUAUUAAUAUAUCGCGGGCAUUCCAUUUCAUUAGUUAUUUAAGCAA